AUGUUCAGUAGGGAUCGCAGCCCACUUGCUACAAAUCCUCUUCCACCACCACGUGGUUCAAGUCCACUGGAUACCAACACACAACGAAGCCUCACACACUUUAGUCACAUCACCCAUGGGUUUGGUGGAUUGACACUGAUCAGUGCAUUGAAUACGUUCCAAACCAUACUAACUGAUCUGGCCAAACUGUUAGAUAAAGAGUGUCCCGUACCCAAUUUGCCCAACACGCAUCUUCCGGGUGUGACUACUGGAUUGCACUCGGGACAUUUGCACGGAACCUCGACAACAAGUGACAAUUCCGGCCUGAUGCUUGACAAUCCCACCGGGCCCGGCAGCAGUAGUGUAAAUGUGAGCGGUCAACUAUCAACCGCGCUUACUCCGACAACUGGUGCAGAGAUGAUGCUGAAUCGUCAGGAAUCGCGUCCAAUAAACGGGCUACGUUGUAAACUGCCAGGCGAUUCGAUGGGUCCGGAAUUACGCGCCCGGUUGGCUGGAUCUCGAAGUCAGUUGAUGGGUGAACUGGAUGGGAGCACCAUUAUCCAUGGAGUGAUCUGA